ACCCCAAACCAAAAGUAGAAAACCCACAGGCCGUUUUACCUUCCUUGUUUUCUCAAUUAAUCAACAUGGGUUCUGAAUCGGCAAUGUUGGUCUGUUGUUUCUGUUGUCUUGUGCUGCCUAGUGUUGUUUUGCAGACAUGUGGAUUUUUCUCACCAUUCUGGAUCAAACACAACUCAACAACAGAUUGUUUUCUAGGAGUUGUAUACAACAAAGACUGCCCGGACGAUACCAAAGGUCUUGGUUCAGCUGUCCUCGGACUACAGGCUACGGCGUUUACUAUCAUUGCCCUAACAACAGUAAUCUCCAUCUGUUUCAUCUGCUGUAACAACGAUGAUGAGGACGAUGACGAUGAUGUUGGGUGUUGUGCAAAAUUUGGCGUCUGUUUGAUAUGCCUAUAUCCUGUCGCAGGUAUUAUUGGAUUCGCCGGCUGUAUGGUGGUAGUCGCUGAUUAUGGAGACCAUGAUAAAGGCUGGUCUUUCUAUCUUUGUUUGGUGGCGUCUUGUUACGUUAUCCUUGAGAUGAUUUUCUGCUGCUGUGUUUUAUGUAAGGCAGCAAAGGAAGAUAACAGCGACACGGAGGGUGGACAAGGGAAUGCUGGCUAUGUUGGAGAUGAGGUCCAGCAUUACGGAACCAGAUAUGAUGGGCAGUCUGUAACUUCUCCCAGUGGUGGAGGAAUGAUAGUGGGUCAGAUUAUGGAACACCAACAGGUGGCUCUUACUGGGACUGGGUCACUCAUAGUGAGGAAGCUGCAGAUUGCAAGAGUGUUCCGCAUCAGCUGACAUGCAUUUAUAACUUGCUUAAUGCAUCGCAUCAAUAAAUGUAUUUGCUUUCAGGAUAUAUUUUGAACAAAGAUGUGUUUCAAACAUAAAAACUGUAGUAUAUUGCCUAAUGAAAGAAUUACUUGUAAUUAAAUUUUCAUAACAUCUGA